AUUUACUAUAUUUCCUAUUCAACUUACAAUCCAUUCUAAUCUAAUCUAAAUCUAAUCAUGGUCUUAAUCUCAUUUAAAUCCAUCUCACCAAUCACUUCACCUAUCUUACCAACUUAUCAUCAUCAUCAUCAUUCAUUUCAUCAUUCAAUUCAUCAUUUACUUUUGAUUUAUUAUAAAUUAAUCUUACUCUUUCUUUUCUUUUUAAUCUUUUAUCUUUCUUAUUUUACUAAUCUAAUCAAUCAUCAUUUCAAUCAAUCUUAUCAAUUUCAUUCGACCAAGUCUAGUACAAAGUUUUAUGAGUUUGAUUUCUCAAACCAAUCUACUACUACUACAUUUAAUAUUCCAGGUUGGAUUAAAUUAAAUGCAUUACCGAUCACUUCGUUAUUAGAAAAACCAUCUGGCUUAUCAAUUCAACCCAUCAAUCCGAUUUCAGAAUGUGAAUCAAAUUGGAUUUCAGCUGGAAUCCCAUGUCUCUCUCUUCAAAACCAAUCUACUCCCUUAGACAUACUAUGGACAUGGGUCAAUGGAACAUCUACCCAAAAAAAACAAACAUAUUCUACAAAACAAUUACCUGAUUAUUUAUUUAGACAACAUGAUGAAUUAAGAUAUUCGAUCAGAUCAGUACUUACUUCGAUCCCUUCUACACUUAUUAAUCAAUUACAUUUGUUUACGGAAGAUAUUUGUGGGUCGAAUUUACCAUUUGAUCGGUUUGGUUCGAUUCCUACUUGGUUAAAUACCACUUUUAUUGAUCGUCAAAUCGCUUUACAUCAUCAUUCUCAAGCUUUUCAUGUUUCGGUUAAUUAUUUAAAGGCUUGGAAACCUUUUCAAAACUAUUCUUCAAAUGAUCAUUCAAUCCUUCAAUCAAAUUCAAUCCAAUGGAGAAAAUCUGUCGUUCCUUCUCAUAAUAGUUUGGCAAUCGAAUCACAAAUCCCUCAUUUAGAAAACUUGGGAAAAACUUUAUUGUAUAUGAAUGAUGAUACGUUCUUACUAAGACCAUUUUCAUCAGGAGACUUAAUGACAAGUUCCUAUGGACCGGUCUUUAGAAUCCAAUGGGAUUUAAACGUUCAAGAUCGUCCUCCAACUUCAAGACCUCUUUCGAUUGGUUCAAAUGGAGAAUGGCCUUCAUUAGGAUAUUCUAAUUGGUUAUUAAGUAAUCGGUUUGGAUGUCGAGAUCGUAGGUAUUUACAUCAUGUGGCUAAAGUUUUACCGGUGGAUAGUAUGAAGGAAUUAUCAGCGAUAUGGGCAGAUGAACUUUCAGAGUCUGCUUCUUCGGCUUUUAGAUCACAGUUACCUGAGGUUAAUUUACCUUUUUUGACGACUUGGUAUCAUAUUGAAAAACAUCGAGAAUCAAUUCUAUAUUCUUAUAUUAUGUUAAAAUCAGAUUUAAAUUCAGAUGGAAAGAUUUCAUCAAACGAAUUCCAAUUAAUGUUAAAAGAUUUAUCAAUCAAACCAAAUCAAAGAAUCCUACAAGUCCAAACCCCAUCACGUUUAACAAACCAUCCAAACAUGAUACGAAAGGUUUUAAAAGAUUCCGAUUAUCCAUUACAAACCCAAUACGCAUGGGUUUCAUCAGACGGAUAUCCACUUCAAUCUAACUCAAAUCAUCAAUUACCCAAUUAUUCAUCAACCAAUCCACCUGAUCAAACGUUUUGUGAAAUCGAUGUGGAAGUUUGUUUUGGAAACCUGAAUGAUCUUGUGAACCGAAAUGGUGAACUUAAGAGUGAAGACUUGUUUAAAAGAAUUGGAUUUGAACAAGUUCGAUGUGGGGAUUGUUUGGUUACUAAGAUUGUAGGUGAAAGUGGUUUGGCUAAUUCAUUAGAAUUCGCUUUACCUUCUUCUACUUCUCCUUCAACAACUUGGUUUUUUGGGUUUUUCAAGAGGGUUGGGUUUGGAGGAAUGGGAAAGAAGAGGAAGGAAGGGGUGGUUGGGGUUGAGAAAAGUUGGGAGAAUUUGAAGGUUUGGGGGAAGAACGUGAGGGGAGAUGAGAAGAGACAAAUUGGGAUUUCACUUUUGAAAAAGUAUCAAUAUGUGAUUGGUAAUACACCUAAUACAUUUAGAGCUUUAACAUCUGAAAUUGGUGCCAAGAAGUUUUUAGAACCUUUGAUUGUGAAUCAAGAUUCAGUAGCGAUGGUAACAGUGAAUGAUUUGAUUGUUGAAAGUGGAGCGAUUAGAGUCUUUAAGAAUUGGUUAAAUCAACUAUGGUCUGAGAAGUUGGAUUUUGAGAUUUAAGAAAGGAGAGAGUUUAAGAAAAAUGGAAAUAUUAAAAUCAUUUUGAUUUUAAUGAAAAAGGACACACACUUGUUAGAUUUGUAUACUUGUUUUUUUUUCGUUCUUUCUUUUGAGCAUUUAUCUUUUUGUUUUUUGGGAUUUGGGUGUAUUAUAUUUGUAGAUUUUUCUUAAGGUUUUUACAAGUUGGUUUAUUUAAUAAUGCAAUGCUGGUUUUAAUUAUUUUCAUGG